AUGGAUAUUGCGCCCUCUCUUCUUGACACCCCUAGAAAGACCAAUCUUCAAUGCCAAUCAGCAGAACUUCGACUCGCACUAAAAGACUACGAACGGACUUUCACCGAGCAGUAUGGUCGCAAACCGAAGAAUGCAGAUAUCAGGAACGAUGCCGUGGUAGCAGCGAAAUACAAACACUAUCAGCGCGUUCAAGACGUGCUUGCUGGCAAACUAGCAUACGAGAAGCUCGUUGAGGUCAAAAGCAAAAAGUCUAAGAGCAGGACGGCAACCCAUAGCAGGCAGGAUAGCGGUUGUGAUAUUGGUUCUUCGCCACGCAGGAAUUUACAGAGCACACCGAGGAAGCGAAGGGGUUCGAAUGACGGCGAGGAAGAGUAUGGUACACCACAGCCACGAGUACUAUACGCUAUUGGACCAACACCACACCGUGAUGGCAAGGUGUUAGGUCUAUUCGACCUACUACAGCAGUCUGCCUCGAAACACAGCUUGUCAGCCACGCCCUCUUCCUCAGCUCGAAAGCGCAAAAUAGAAGAACUGUACUUGGACACACCUCUCAGACCUGAGACAACCCGAUCGCCUCUAAAGACUAUUCAGACACCAAGUGGAAGACGAAAGAAGCACGAUGCUACACAAAAGCAGGGAGACCUGCUAGAUUAUCUCUCUGGAACACCACAAAAAGAUUUAAGUCGUGAGCAUCGUUUUGGGAAGCACUCUCGUACACCUGUCAGCGAAGGAAAGAAAUUCCAUCUGAACCAGUUCUUCGCAACGCCAAGUACACGACGCUUUCUCUUUGCUAAAGAGCAAUCGACCCCCGAAGCUGCGCGCAAGACACCACUAAGAGAUUCUGUGUUGGGACAAGGUAUGACGCCGCAUAGGGAGCCAGACGCAAAGGCAAUGGAUGUUACGCCAGCGUAUCUCAAGCGAAGCACGAGUUUCAAGGAUAGAUUGCUAGGUGUUUCUGCGUCGCGUCCGAGCUCGAGUAAUGUCCUCAGCAACACGAACGAAAACAGGAGGAGCACCGGUCUUGACAGUGGCCCUCCCACAUUGCGGCACUUCAGAUCUAGCACAAACAAUGUCCUUAAACAUCUCGAAUCCGAACCCCCAUCAUUUCACAAUAUCCAUCAUCCAGCGUCCGAGGAUGCGGACCUCGAAGACCAUGACGACGAGCUCGACGCCCUACGAGACCUCGAGAACGACUCUGCGACCAACGUCCUCGUGGAUGAUAGUCAACUUCCAGAUCAUUUUGACUUUGGGUCUGAUAUGGACGAAUUAGAUGCUCCUCCCAAGCAGGAGAAAGAUGAUGUAUUAGCACAGCAAGCGAUAAAGCCGUAUAAGAAGAAAGGGCAGAAGAGGACUACUCGACGAGCGAACAUACGGCCUGUACCUGUUGUGCAGGGGAAUCUUUCUGUUGAGCCGAAGUUUGUGGCUGUGGAGGAUAGUGAUGACGAUGAGGAUGACGAGGCGGUUGAGGAGACACAGUUACGGGAUGGUGAUAAAUUUAAUGAUGAUGAUGAUGAUGUCUUUGAGCAAUAUGACAGUGACGAUGUGCAUGUGCCUAAUGGUAAUAGUGGUAAGCUGAAAAGUGGGAAAAAGGACGGGAAGAGCAAAGAUGCUCAGAGAACUGGUACUAUUGGUGAAAAACGCAAGAAGCAAGCUGGAAUGAUCAACCCGAACGCGCAGUCCCAUACGAAUUAUCGCAGUCUCAAGAUCAAGAAUAAGAACUCGAAGGCUAAAGGUGCAGGAUCUGGGAGAUUUAGGAGGUCAAGAAAGUAG